AAGAGUUCAGUCUGUGCGAGAGGCCGGCUUUUGAACCUUGGCCCGGCACACGUCUUUGGGAAGUAGGCUUCUGUAGCUAGAAUUAUACCACGUCGAUUUUGUCAGUGACAGAAAACAAGACAGAGAUGAAUCCUGGACACUGCUGCUCGGUGAAAUCACAACACAGCGCAAACGCCAAACCCUAACUGCUGGACGCGCAACUUCACUGCUCAGAAAAAGGCGGGCCCGGGGCGCCUUGGAGGAAGGGAGCACAAUUAGCUGUCCAUCAAUCCACCAAAGCAGCAAUGCAGGGGCGGAUGUGGAGCCUGUGCGCCCUACUCUGCCUCUCCCUAUGGGAGGGAAGUUCCUGCAGGAGCUCCAGGGAAACACGGAGGGCCAAAGAGACGUCCGUCCAAAGAAGUAAAAGAGCUCCCGUGGAUCCCAAUGCCAAAAAGUGUUCCUACACCUUCCUGGUGCCGGAGCAUAAAAUUACAGGUCCAAUCUGUGCCAGCUCAACAGGACCAGAGCCAGACAAGGACAGAGUGACCCGCAUGGACCUCGCAGACGUGCGGGAGGUGCUGAGCAAACAGCGGCGCGAGAUCGACACGCUGCAGCUGGUGGUGGAUGUAGACGGCAACUUGGUGAAUGAGAUGAAGCUGCUGAGGAAAGAGAGCAGGAACAUGAACUCCAGGGUAACACAGCUCUACAUGCAGCUGUUGCAUGAGAUCAUCAGGAAGCGGGACAACUCCUUGGAGCUGGCCCAGCUGGAGAACCGCGUCCUCAACGUGACCUCAGAGAUGAUGCGGCUGAAUUCUAGGUACAGGGAGCUGGAGGCCCGCUUCGCCACCAUGGCCGGGGUGGUCAACAACCAGUCCGUUCUCAUCUCAGCGCUGGAGGAGCAGUGCCUGAGGCCUGUGGGGCGCAGUGAUCUGCCUGCGGUGCCUCCGUUGGUCCAAGUGGUGCCCCAGACCAUACCAAUAAACAACCGCUUCACCAACGAAAUACAACGAGACCACAACAACCGGGCGUUUGCACGAGGCUCACGCACAAACUCGCCUACUUCAAGCCCCUUUGGAAUUGACCCUCCGCCGCCGCAGGGAACACUCACUUCUGACGGUCCAUUCAAGGACUGUUUCCAGGUGCGUCAAGCCGGUCACACCACCAGCGGGAUGUACCUGCUGAAGACCGACGGCAGCGAGCGACUGAUCCAAGUAUGGUGUGAACACGGCCUCGACAACGGCGGCUGGACCGUGUUGCAGAGGAGGCGAGAUGGCUCAGUUAAUUUCUUCCGCAACUGGGAGAAUUACAAGAGAGGCUUUGGCAACAUCGACGGCGAACACUGGCUCGGGCUGGAAAACAUCUACAACCUGGGUAAGCAGGGCGACUACAAGCUGAUGGUGGAGAUGGAGGACUGGAACGGCAAAAAGGUAUACGCCGAGUACGGCAGCUUCCGCCUGGAGUCGGAGAGUGAGGGCUACCGCCUGAGGCUGGGCGCCUACCAGGGCAACGCCGGGGACUCCUUCACCAGCCACAACGGCAAACAGUUCACUACGCUGGAUCGAGACAAGGACGCCUUCUCAGGUAACUGCGCCCACUUCCACAAAGGCGGCUGGUGGUACAACGCGUGCGGCCAGACCAAUUUGAACGGCGUGUGGUACAGUGGCGGAGUUUACCGGAGCAAGUUUCAGGAUGGGAUUUUCUGGGCCGAAUACGGAGGGGGGUUCUACUCGCUCAAAUCUGUACAACUGAUGAUUCGACCAAUUGAUUAGAACCUCCCCACAGUGGCUCACUCAAUCUCCUGCCUUUUUUUUUAAUUAAAAAAAAAUGUAUCCCUGAAUAAACACUGUACAAUUAUGAGGAGAAAGACUGCCAUUAAAGAAGAGGCGGAGGAACAAACGAUGGCAUACGUUUUUGCAAGGACUGAUGGACUCCUAAGCAGCUCUAAUGCCGAAAUGAAUAGAAACUGUCCUGAACCUCAAGUCAGGGGGAAAAAAAAGAAAAACACGAAAAAAAAACAAAAAUCUGCAUGGUGUCAUUUGACCCAUGCAGCGAAAAUCCAGCCUCAGGGUCUUGGGACAAUAAGGUAUUACUCCCAAGCUUCCUGUUUGCUCCUGGUGGAAGGUGGAGGUUUUUUUUUUUUUUUUUUUUAGACUAAAGAUAUUUCUCAGGAGCAGUG